UGCGCACUCGAGUGCGCCACACACCACACACUCAGGGAGCGAGACACACGCGGCAGAGCUCUCGAUCACAGCGCGCGCAGCCGGAUCGUUCCAAAUUUCAAAAUUCGAAUGUAACGCAGCGGCGGGAUGCGACAUUAUAUCCGUCUGCCGGCGCUUUGAUCAACGCACUACCCGCAGGAUGGAGAGGAAACUUGGCUGAACUUACAGCUGAUUUUUCAUUUGCUUUACUUCAGACAUGGAGAGCUGACAGCUGAACGCGUGCAAGCGGAAGUACGACGACAGACAGCCACAGGAGCCACUAGAUCUACACAUCGGGUGACAAUUUUAGGCCAUAGCAGCUGUCCUCAGUCAUGGCUGCUUACGGACAGACGCAGUACAGCCCCACGUUACAGCCGGCCGGUCCAUACACACCGUACACACAUCACACACAGGGCUACAGCAUGACGUCCUACAAUAUUAAAACAGAAGAUGGCCUGAGUCAUUCACCAGGACAGAGCAGUCUGCUGGGAUACACGUCCAACUUCAGCGGCACUCCACCCGCUCAGACGCUCUACAGUUACUCCACACACGGCGGCAGCAUUUCUUCUGGAAUUUUCCAGGGUGCAAACAGCAUCACAGGCUCAACGCCGUUCAGUCCUGCACAGCAGGACUUCUCAACAUAUUCUAACUACAGCCAAAGUCAAUAUUCCCCAUACUACAACACACACUACAACAGCCCAUACAUCACAACCAGCAAUAUCACGCCCUCAGCCAUCACCACGGCGAUACCCUAUCAGCACACAGAUCAUCACGCUGUAUCGACCAAUCACAGCCCGGAAUCACACACAGCAGAGUACCACGCUCCCACGAGUCCUCCGACUCCAGAAAAGGAGCAGGAAGGCGCUCCAGCGAGACGCAGCUCAGAUGGGAAGCUGAGAGGCAGGAAGAGGGCCAAUGACCCCGUCCCCCCUCUGGACUCUGAGAUUGAGAGAGUGUUUAUUUGGGACCUGGAUGAGACCAUCAUUAUUUUCCACUCGCUCCUGACGGGGACAUUUUCCACACGCUUCGGCAAGGACUCUGGCAAGGCUGUGUCUCUAGGCUUGUGGAUGGAGGAGAUGAUCUUCAACUUGGCAGAUUCACGUCUGUUUUUCAACGACCUGGAGGAAUGUGACCAAGUUCACAUCGAUGAUGUGGCCUCGGAUGACAAUGGGCAGGACUUGAGCACGUAUAACUUUGGCACGGAUGGCUUCCAGAGCCCAGCAGGUGGAGGCACGCUCUGCUUGGGCUCAGGUGUUCACGGCGGGGUCGACUGGAUGAGGAAACUUGCCUUCCGCUACCGCAGAGGCAAAGUGGACAGUUUGCUGGGCAGUCCGAAGCGGGAAGAGUGGCUUCAGCUGAGGCGGGAGAUGGAGGUUUUGACGGAUCUGUGGCUGACGCAGGCACUCAAAGCUCUCGCUCUCAUCAACUCCAGACCGAAUUGUGUGAACGUGAUGGUCACCACCACGCAGCUGAUUCCAGCACUCUCCAAAGUACUGCUCUACGGGCUUGGAGGAGCUUUUCCCAUCGAGAACAUCUACAGUGCCACCAAAACAGGUAAAGAAAGCUGCUUUGAGCGCGUGACCCAGAGGUUUGGCCGCAGAGCCGUGUAUGUGGUUGUAGGGGAUGGAGUUGAGGAGGAGACGGUUGCCAAGAAGAAGAACAUGCCGUUCUGGAGAGUGACGUGCCGGGCGGAUCUGGAGGCGUUGAGUCACGCACUUGAGCUGGAUUACCUCUAGACGGCAGCAUCUGUCCGUCUGCUGUCUCCCCCGCAUGUGUGGUCCACAGGGAUCACAUGACCCAGCCAAGAACUGCAGGACCAAUCAGCAGGGAGCAGCAAUCUUAAUGGAAACGUUUGCUUCAAAUCAAUCCAAGAAAAAUGCUUUUGUCUCUUUCUCGCGCUCCACCUGAGAGGCUCAGCUCUUUCAUUCACUCGCUUUUCUUCACAACAGCACUGCACUGAAAACAAAGACCCUUCAGCGACUGAUUCAGAAAGCCUGUGUUCGGAAUGACAUACUAUCACACUACUCGUACUAUUUCUGCAGUAUGCAGUAUAUAUACUGUGCACAGUGUGUAUUUUGUUUGUGCAGAAACCCAGAUGACAAUGGAGCACAACACAUGGGUAUCCCAGAAUGCAAUGCACUUGACUUGACUUUACACAGCUCAUCUCUGGACUACCAAAAAAUGAAAACAAUUCCCAAAAAAAAUUUUUUUAUUUCUGAGAUGAAACUAGAAGUCAUGUGACAAUAAUGUAGCAAACUACUGUUUGAAAUGUUUAUCAUAAUGCAUAAUGUGUACUAUUUUUUAUAUUAAGCAGUAUACAGUGUAAAGUGUGCAGUAUGCUGUAAUGUUUGUUAGUAUUGUUUUCUGAGCAUAGCCAUUCUGAAACAACCCAUUUUAAGGAUGAAAGGGGUGUAAAAAUAGAAGAUUUUAGCAUCAGAAAUAAGAUUUACAUUUCUUACAGCAUUAAAUCAUAUGCAUUUCCAUGAAAAAAACACCAAAUUCAUAAGUGAAGAGAAAAAAUACAAGAUUUGAUCAUUUUAUGUAAUCAGAACUGAGAUUUUUCUUGCAAUAUCAUACCAAAUUGAUUGAAUAUUGCACCACACGUAAAAAGAAUAAUUCAAUGUUAACUACAUUAAAAUGCAUUAAAAUGAAGAUAUUGUACUAAAACUACAGAAAAACUAACCCCUCACUUUUUGAGUACAAAGUACUGCAAAUCCACUUAUUUUAAUGGAAACCUCUGAAUAGAUUUAAAAGUGAACUAACCAUGAAAUUAGCCAAAGUAUUGUAGCGAAUGACACUGCUACUGGUACUAAAAGAAAUGACAUGAUUAACUUAUGAAUGUCAGUGUCCUGUGAGUUUCUGACUUCUUUUCUUCCUGUCUCUCUGAUGUUUGCCUGAACAUCAUGUGGUUUGUUACUGAUGUGUAUUUGUUAUUUUGCUGAAGUUGAUAUACUGUAUACUGUACUGUAUGUGCCGCUCUGACCUGCAUGUGCUCUUCGCAACCGCUUCUUUUCGCUAUGAUUUGUAUAUAAGGUUUUAUUGUUGAUUAUUUCUGGGCUUAUUAUAAUAGAAUAAAGAUAAAUUAAUUUCAUUCUCAA